AUGCCAAGUGCCAUGUUCGUUACAGUGAGAUACGGAGCCAACUGCCCAGAGAUGGUGAACCUGCAAUGUUGCGUCCUGAUCCUCACAGCUCACCUGAAGAGGAAGUGUCACUGCAGGCCUGAAGACUGCAUCAAUCUUCCGGAUGAAACAGGCACCCUGAUGAACCUGAGCAAAUUGGAAAAUCCUGCAUCUGAAUUUGCCAGUAAAUAAAGGGAGCGCUACAUCCUCAUUAGAGUCGCCUGUAAAGAAAGCUCUGAAGCCACCCACUAUGAAUCUUUGCUAGAGAACCUGGGGAAACACUACCCUGACCUAGCAGAUCAGCUGCAGCAGCUCUCAGCAAGCAGCCAGGGGAGAGACCAGCGGAGAAGGGGCUCCUUGCAGAGAAGGGCUCAGCCCCUCACCACCACCCCAGCCAGGCCCACCCCACAGAACAAGAACUCAGAGCUCAAGGGCACCCCUAGAUGA